AUGGCUACCCCACAAACCGCGAACAACACAAGUGCCUCCCAGCAUGCAAUCAUCAAACUGGAGACGGAUAUUGAACAGAACAUCCUGAAGACAUCUAUGCACAACAAUACGAGGCUCCCGCUUCGGCCUGCCUUCGGAACGAAGGGCAAUCCCAUUACACUCCUGACCAACUACAUGGCGCUUGCUUCUACCGGCACAGUGAUUGCGUAUCACUAUGACGUCGAAUUCGGCAAAGACUUGAAGACGAAUCGACCCAUACAGUAUAGAGAAAGGGCCCGUUUCAUUCAGCUGCUACUAGCAGAACACUUUCCCCAACACAGUCCUGGAAUCGUCUCUGACUUCAAGUCGACAAUUAUCAGCAACAAACCUCUUAAGAUUGAUCAGCGGGGUUAUAUAGUUGCUUUCCGGGCCGAGGAGGGAGCGGCACCGGCUGAAGAUGCUAAACGAUUUCUGUUACGGAUCCAGCAGAGAGCAGCGAUUACUAUCUCUGAUCUGAUCGAGUACCUGACGUCGACAACUAUCGCUGGACCGUUGAGCUCAAAGGAGGCGAUCCUCAACACGCUGAACAUCAUCAUGGGACACAACCCAAAGGCGGCACCGCAAGUCGCCUCUGUGGGUUCAAACUCUCACUUCAGGAAGGACCUCCCAGAAAUAGCGACAUACAACCUUACCGCUGGCAUCACUGCUUGGCGGGGUCACAUGCUAAGCGUCAGAGCAGCGACUGGAAGGCUGCUCGUUAAUGUGCAAGUCAAACAUUCGCCAUUCUACAAUCACGGUCCUCUGGCAAGCCUGAUGCAAGCAUAUUUACAAGCCAACCCCCAAAACAAUCAUGGGCUGCACAAGUUUCUCAAGGGGAUCUGUGUCAAUACUACGCAUAUCGUCCACAAGAACAAAGCUGGCCAGCAGAUCCCUAACAUUCGAGCUAUUCUUGGUCUUGCGGAACAACAUGAGGGGGGAAAGCUAUUACACCCUCCAGUCGUGCGUGAAAACGGCGCUGGACCUCAACAGGUGGAAAUCUAUAUGGAGACGACACCUACUACCUCCAUAAUCCCACCACAACCAUCUACUUGCGGGAACACACCCCGUCCCACACAGACACUGGCGACUGGAGUCUACAUUAGUCUUUACGAUUUCUUCCGCCAAAAUUACAACAUAAACCUAAACCCGUCGCUCCCUGUUGUCAAGGUCGGCAACCGAGAUAACCCAACGUACUUGCCGGCAGAAGUAUGCCAAGUUAUCAGAGGCCAACCGUACAAGAAACAGUUGUCUCCGACGCAGACGCAACGUAUGAUCGAAUUUGCAGUACGACCACCUGAGCAGAACCAGCAGUCUAUUAGAACGGAGGGCGCCGCCAUGCUCAUGCUAAAUCAGAAUUUAAACAAAUCUCACGCGGCGUUUGGCCUGAGCGCGAAUCCCUCUUUGAUACAUGUGACAGGGCGCGUUCUAACACCGCCGAGGAUCUACUACCGCAAUGGCCGUGAAGCAUUAUUACGAGGUAGUAAAUGGGACAUGCGCAACGCACAAUUCGUCGAAUCCCGACCACUCAACAAGUGGACUUGGCUUAUAGUCGCUACCAACGAGGACAGCGGACCAUGGAAAUCUGAGGCAACUUUUCAACAAUCACGAGCAUUAAACGAUUUCCACGCCAAGCUUGUCGAAAUGGGUAUCAAAUGCGCAGGGCCCAAGCAAGGUAUUCGUAUCACAGUCAACCCUCGCAACCUUGACAGCAUUGACGCGGAAGUCGGCGGUGUUCUCCAGAAGUUCCCCAUAUCCCAGGCAGAGCUGGUGCUUAUAGUGCUGGUCACCGAAAGUCCACUGGUCUUCCGUCGCGUGAAAUUCCUCUGCGACGUCAGGGAAGGGAUGAGCAAUGUUUGUGUGGUUGCCAGAAAGUUCGAUCAGUGUAAGCAGCAAUAUUUUGCCAAUGUCGCUCUCAAGUUGAACCUCAAGCUUGGUGGCUGCAAUCACAAACUCGGGAGUCGCAAUCAGACCGCGAUGCAAAAGAAGGAGAAGAAACUAGGAAUCAUCGAACUCGGCAACACGAUGGUCGUCGGACUCGACGUUACCCAUCCCUCGCCUGAUUCAUCGCAAUCUGCUCCUAGCGUUGUCGGCAUUGUCGCAUCUAUUGAUGGACAUCUCGCUCAAUGGCGGGCAGAGAUUAGCAUUCAAGAGAGCAGAAAGGAAAUGGUGCUAUCUCUCGCAGAGCUCAUGGAAGGGCGACUUUUGAAGUGGCAACAACACAACGGGGGCAAGCUUCCUCUCAACAUUAUCAUCUACCGGGAUGGUGUUUCGGAAAGCCAGUACCAACAAGUUCUGGAGGAUGAGCUGCCGAGGAUCCAGUCGGCGUGCGCAAAAGUCUAUCCUGCCGCAAAGAUGAGUCCUCCGCGUUUGGCGAUCAUCAUCGUUGGGAAGAGACAUAAUACUCGCUUCUACGCACCAUCCAAAAAAGGGAAGGUCGAGGAUCCGCAGUGUGGGACUGUGGUUGAUCGCGGCGUCACCGAAGCGCGCCACUGGGAUUUCUUCAUGCAGGCACACAAUGCUCUGAAGGGUACAGCGAGACCGGCUCACUAUUAUGUCGUCUAUGAUGACAUAUUCAGAGGUUUCCAGAAGCACCAAGAAAGUACAGCCGAUGGGAGCCCAUUCAGCAGCGCCGCCGAUGCUCUUGAAGAUCUGACGCACAACAUGUCGUACACAUUUGGACGGGCCACCACCGCUGUGUCCAUCUGCCCUCCGGCAUACUACGCGGACCUGGUCUGUGAUCGAGCCCGGCUUUACCUGAGCGAAUUCUUCGACCCUUCGUCACAUGCGAGCGUCUCGUCUGGCAGCAGAACCGGCGGUCCAGAUUCAAGCAUGGUGAGACUGCAUGCACGCACGGCCGAGACAAUGUUCUGGAUAUGA